AUGAGACUUUUCCAGAAGGGGCUCGGCGUGAAGGGCGUGACGUUCGCGACCCGACCGCGACCGAUUGCCCCCAAUGUUCGAAGUCCGCUACGCCAGGUGCGACAGCCCCGACGAUGCAACUCCUCUACCCCUGAACGACCGCCGGCGCAGAGCAAGCCUGCUGAAACUGGAUCGCCGAAUACAAAUGCCUCUGCCAAACCCUCGGAGCCGCCCUCUUCCUCCGCGACGCCCCAGGCGCCCAAUACGGCUGCGGCGGCGGCCGGUGCGGCGACUACGCCCACCGCUGCUAAUGCCGUUGCGCGCCCCCGGGGAUUCCGCGAAAUCAUCAAGGCUGGGCCUCUGGGCCGCAUGGGGAGGUGGUAUACUCGGGCGCAGGAGCGAAAACCGUAUACCGUCCAGCUGUGGAGUUCGAUUGUGAUAUACCUGUGUGGAGACUUGAGCGCACAGCUGUUGUUCCCGGAGCAGAAAUCCGCAAAGAAAGACCAGGAUGAGUCUAAGACAGUACCUGGGGAAGAGAGUGAAGAAGAGAAGGAGCAGGGCUUCGGAUCUACAUAUGACCCUUGGAGGACAGUCCGGCACUUGAUCGUGGGAGCUGGAUCAAGUAUCCCGUCAUAUAACUGGUUCUGGUUCCUCCACAACAACUUCAACUUUGCAUCCAAGUUCCUCUCGAUCUUGACUAAGGUCACUGUUCAGCAGAUGUGCUUCACGCCCGUCUUCAAUACCUACUUCUUUAGCGUGCACUCUCUCCUUGGAGGUGCCACUUUCGAAGAAACCUGGGAGCGACUCAAGAAGGCUCUCCCUGUCAGCGUGACCAACAGCGUCAAGCUCUGGCCUGCUGUCACUGCAUUCAGUCUGCUCUACGUGCCGCCACAGUUCCGGAACGUCUUUUCGGGUGUCAUCGCUGUUGGCUGGCAAACCUAUCUGAGCUGGUUGAAUCAAAAGGCUAAACAUGAGGUUGAGACGGCUGAGCUUGCAGCUGCGGCUCAAGAGAGCUCGGCGCCGGGAUCAGCGAAUUCUCAAAUGAUCACUGCAGCGGGAACUGCAUGA